AUGGCUGCUGAAACCCACCGAGAAUGCGACAAAUUGCGUUCCGUUUUGGAGCAGAAAGCUCAGUCAGCAGCCAGUCCUGCAGGAGGAGCAGCCCCGGCAUCUCCACGGUCCGAACAACUCGGAAACGACUUGAAAGAGAAGGCUGUACUUCCUGCGGAUGGUGCAAGUACACGAGCCAAGAAAUUAGCCGUUUCUGCGGAGCCAACUAACUUUGAAACACAGGCCACUACGUUACAGCAUUACAACAAAACUGCGGGUUCGAAGCAACUUAUUCGGGAUGCGGUACACAAGAAUGACUUCCUGAAACAACUGGCAAAGGAACAAAUUAUAGAAAUAGUAGAAUGUAUGUAUGAAAUGCGAGCAAGAGCUGGACAAUGGGUGAUCCAAGAAGGAGAGCCAGGAGACCGGUUGUUUGUUGUAGCAGAAGGCGAGUUGCAAGUUUCACGAGAAGGGCAAUUGUUAGGAACGUUACGCCCAGGAAUUGUUAUGGGAGAGCUUGCCAUCCUCUACAACUGCACCAGGUUGGUCUAUCACUAUCGACAGCGUCUAUACAAGCGCUCACCGACGUGCAACUAUGGGUACUGGACCGCAGUGUAUUCCAAACAAUAA